CACAACAACAACAACAACAACAACACCAUCAUCAGCAGCAGCAGCAGCAACAGUUUCGCUACCAACAACAGCAACAACAACAACAGCAACAACAACAGCUUCAGCCGUCUCACCCGCCUCAUUUCCAAACGCCGCUGUCGUCCCAGCUUUCCUUGUUUUCGCACGAUGUAUUUGCGCCGCCCCAUGCGCUGCGAAAGCACCCGUCGCUCCCGCUUUUGGAGCGCACUGGGUUCUCCAACGGCAGCCACGGUGGUAACAGUGGUCGCAGCGGCGGCAAUGGCUGCAGCAGAAGCGGCAGCAUUAGCAACAGCAUUGGCAGUAGCAAGGUCGGCAGCAGUAACAGCGGCAAGGUGCCCGCCUCGGCUUCAGUCUCCUUCUCGGCCUCCACACCUGUUUCGGCCUCAACAGUACCAGGGGUCGCCAACCUCGGACCCAUCGGCACUGCGACAACGCCUCAUUCAGCAGGGUAUCUUGUCGAUCGCUCACAGUUCUACCCGAUACCGACCAACCUGUCGUCUCUAUAGAAGCAACGAGCAAAGUUGCAAAUCAAGAGUGUUUACCUUUAUUGAAUUCUACGACCUCCGCGCACACACACACUCUCUCUCCCUCCCUCCCUCUCACUUCUCCAUCGCUACUUUUGUUUCUUCCUGUAUGCCUUCCGUUGCGCCCUUUGCUGUUGUCGCUGUUGUUGAUGCCGUUUUGGCUGCAUCAUGUUUUUGUUACCAACAAUAAUAAUAAUUGCCAUGAUUAUUAUAGACACG